AUGACGACAUCCUUCUCUCUACUCUCACGCACCGGUCGACUCUCCCAGACUGCCAACCAACUUACGAGAGAAUCAGACGCUGUGAUUGGCGGCGUGGAAGCCUCCGUCUGCGCGUGCCGCACACGUGCCCAAAUUCCCACACGUGAGAGCCGUGCCUCCUAGAACACGUUUCGCCCGCCCUAUCGACGCUGGCGAAUUGCAUCGUAUGGCCGCUGCGCAUUUGAUACGCUGAUUAGAGACUCGCAUAUGCGUAUGAGUGCAAAGGUCUAUGUGUGGGCUAAGGGUGCUCGUGUACUAGGUAGAAUUCCUGCAAGGGUUGUGUUGCUUCAGCGGGGUCUUCGUGAACGCGCCUGCGGCCCACGAGGCGUCUAAAUGCCCUUGAACACUAAGGAGAGGCAGGGCGUGCGUUAUGAAUGCAUACUGGGCCUACGAAUACUGGUUCACUGGCGUAAUGCGAUGUAUUUGUGAAUAACCGACCAGACCGUCGCGUGACCUGAGUGAAAACUCGCAGUCAGUAUCAGUAGGAACUGAGUCUGCAUUGCUGGUUUGGGUGUUUUGUGAGAUGGGAUACGUGUCGAACCUGUUGAUAUUGCACUGUAUCUGCAGAUGUCCAGCGAGACGACCAUAUACCCCGAAUCUCCCUUAGCAACCUGAACAUGUACACAGAAUUUAAGUGCUUGUGGCGCUGACCACUGGGCUCGUGGCCCAGUGGUUAGAGGCGUGGACCUCUAACUAACAGGUCGCGAGUUCGAGCCCCGGGUGUUCCACACUUCCGGGGUUGGGUAUGACGGGCUGACGACUACUAAUAAGCCAGAAAUGGCAAUUCCAGUCUCCCGUGUCUUUGUCGGUAAUACCAUUCUGCCUAUAUAUCAUGGGCCGCUGUGCGGCUGCUGGUUGGGCUCGAGAGAGAGCCCGUAAGGCCAAACGGGACGAGUGAGUUCCGUAAGAACGAUCGGCGAGCGCCCCCUACCUGUCUUGGAGGCCUAUCACCCUGCCUUAACAUCUGCUUCGGAUGUGGCGACCCCAGUUCUUACUGAAGUGAGCCAGGUCUGUUGAGGAUUGUCUCAGAGUUGAUUUAUGGAUGUCUGUGAGGAGUAUUCGUCGCAUUUGUCUGCGAACAUGCGUUACAACGUGGCCGAAAAAUAGUCAGUUGGAUAAACGUCCGUCAGCGUCAGUUGCACCUGCCUCCACACGUCCGUAUUUUCCGCGGUCUUAAUUUCAAGGACCUUUUGAUCACAAUCAAAACACAACCGUCUUCGCAGGCAGUUGUGAUGAAGGUGGUUCAACAUUUGCGCUGUCAAGACAGGCGGCUGGCGUAGUUCAGACUACGGUCCUGCCAUUGAGGAGGAAACCGAGGCGAGUUUUCUCUGAGUGCUGCUCACUAAGUAAUCAAUACUGUCCGCCGAUAAGAGCAGAGCAUCGUAGACAUUUUUACCGUGGGCUCGUUGUUGGCAUUAAUAGGCGCCGGUUGGUCCAUGAACGCUGUCUUCUCUCAGUGCUAAUGGUCAGUUCGAAUUUUUGAGCAAGGUGACUCACAUUCUGCUGCAUAUUCGCCCCGGUUGUGCUCUUCAGUACGAAGUUUUCAGUGAAAAAGAGGUCCUGCACACAUCAACCUUGGAUAAUCGAGUGGAUACAUUCGUGCGUCCGGUGUUGACCUGUUGAUUCUCCGUCACACCUCACUACAUGCAUCUAUCAGCACGAUGGAGAACGCAAGAGGGUGGGAAGGAUCACACAGUCUCACGUGUCACUACCAAUGCCUCCGAGAUUUACCCCAUUUUCCGAUACGUCAAUCGCCUCAGACAUCAAGAGUGUAGCAUUAUUGACUAAAGUUUACCCUGGUUAACUGUGUGAAAGGUCUGUAAGUGUGUACUAGGCCAGUAUCAGCAAACAAUGGCCAUCGCAGCCAAGUAUGCGCUGGUAGUUCCCUGACACCUGAUUGCCUGCCGGUAGAUGUGUAUGCACUCCCUCUGGGUAUACAGGUGAUGUGCAUGGCUGUCCAGUCAUCCUCGUCGCUCUGGCCCCUGUUGGGGUGUUGUUGUCAGUCAAGAAACUGGUCAUUUGCCGUGUGGACCAGGAUGUGUGAAGUGGAACGCCAAGGUACGGACUGGACGGCGCCCCGCCCUUGCUUGCGAUCCUCUUGACCCUGUUUUGGCGCCGGGUCUAGGUGGGUAGUUGGGAAGAGGGAGAGUGUGGUAGAUGCUACGCAAGCCGCCGUGCACGCUGUACCUUGGUGUGUAGCACACGGUGGACCUCGUCGAAAUCGACGGUUGAACUGUCGCGUGAAACUAAUUUGUCAAACUCGCAUUCCUUGCCACUUUUCUUUGGCGUGUCCCCAUGGCCUUUAUGGGGCUUUCGAAGUCCGCGCCAAUUCUGGAAGGUGUCCCUUAUCCGUAUACUCCCCCAGGCAAUCAGGCGACUUGCGAAGAGACAUCCCACUGUGCUUGUUGUAAAUUUGAAAAUUUUACUUACGCAUGAAUUCAUUCAACACUAGUUGUGUUCCGGUCCCGUAUUACAGGUUGCUGGGGUUUGUUUACUUCAGGUGGGGUUUCAUCAUCACAUUCGACCCAAUCCACUGCCCUCGUCGACCACUUAAUUGAUACGGGAUUACACCCAGUGAAGUAGUGAAAUUGCGAAUAUUUUACAGACACUUUCUAGUAUCAGAACUACGAAGGACACAUAGUGAAACAGGAAAAGGUAACAGUGGAGAAUUUGCGAACUAAAGGCAGACAGUAAAUAGACAGCACCGCCACACAAAAUUUUCAGCAAAUGGUCAAAGCUAAUACAGGCAGGCGUCCCUAUGAUCAAGUUAGCAGCAUGUUUAUAAUAAUGACAGCUCGAGCGUCGAUUUCGACCAUGUCCACCGCGUGCUCCACAGUAGGGUGAGAACAGGGACGGCGGUUUGCGCGUGGGUUAGUUUGUUGUGAUAAUAUACUUGCGCUGCGUCCACCUCACUUUCUCCUCCUCCUCCUCCUCCUCCUCCUCCUCCUCCUCCCCUAUUUUAGUCCGGUGUCAGGACAGAGCCAAGAAGAUCGGAGGCGGGAUCGAACACAGGUGGCCGGCGCGGCGUGAGCCAGCGCCCAGACGUGCCACUACACCACAAACAAAAGACCCAGACUUCACACGAUAAGCAAAACAGGAGGAGGCUCGCAUCCCAAUUGAGGGAAGACACCAGGAUGGAGCCCUUACGGCCUGACGCUCGGCCCCGCCAUCAGCCACUCCACGCCAACACCCACUGGGCUGACUGCGAGGUCCGAGUUCUACCGUCAGUUGGCGGCCUUCCAAGACACGGCUUUUAGCGCGCCGUGGUAGCAUCAGACGCCUCGGAUUGUUUAUUGUGCAUAAAGUGCGCCGAUUAGUCGACCUAAUAAUCAUUAUUACAAUCCAACUUGGGUAAUCCUUCCUAAUCGAUGCCAAAUUUCCGAAGUUCUGCAACCAUUUCAGGAGUUCAGUCACUGACUGUAACUACAUUUGGUUGCUUAAAUAAUUAUUUGUUCCUUUUUUAGCUUCCUCUUGUUAAAUGAGUCAGACUGAGUUGUGUAGAUUUAAAACAAACACUGCCGAGUUAAUUAAUUUGGAAAAUUAAACCUUAAGGAAUCCUGGAUUGCAGCAAUGCUUCUUCUGCACCCCUACGCCAUUAAAAUGCGCAUGCAUCGGGUCGAAGGUCUUUCAGUGCAGAAAAUUUGUGUGGCACGUGAUGGCAUAUGUUAUUCGUCCGCAAACAAAAUUGGACGAACAGUGCCUUGUACUUAUUUUUAAUGGAUAAUACGCAGUAGGACGACACCUCUGCAAGUAGUAUAUUUCGGUCUUCUCACGGUUUCAUUGCACAAUUAGUAAAACUACCAUUCGCUUAAACCACCUGCGCAAACUCACGGGGAAUACGGUCCUUCUCAGAACUGAGGGUCGGGCUCAUGGCACUCUGGUGCGAGACUUGAGCCACCUUCAUAAAAUCGCGGUACGCGUUGUGGAGACCGGGUCGCGUGCGAGGCACGCGUAAACGGGCUGUCUCGAUUUGUCAGCUACUGCAUCCGCGCCCAUCUCCGGUCGUCUUGACAUCGCCCUGCCAUCAGAGGAAGAUAGCGAGUGGUAGGAGCUGGACGAAUCUGCUUCGCUAUAUGCCAAUUCACGUUCAAGCCGGGUUCACUACGUAAAGCAGGCUGUGGACGUUGUUGUUUGCGGAAUUCGAUGUGAUUUCCGUUGUCUGUCCUUAUUUGCCGAGACUAUCUACUUCAUUUCAUUCGGAUAGAGAACAACGCAUAUGUGUGGGUUAGCCGCAUAAACUUUCCAGAUGUGGUUUUUGUGCUGCGAAACUAGUGUGGCGUCUGUUAUGCUAAUAUGUAAUUACUCUCAAACUGUUGUACUUUUAACAAUUUUUAAAAUUCAUCCUUUGGUUAAUGUUUUCUUCCAUGGACUCUUUGAAGCUGGUUUACUUGCGGAAUUUUGGGCCUGGUUUCUGCGACAGUUAUCGAGUUAAUGAUGGUUGAAAACUUUAAACCUAAUUUAUGGAUGGGAAUUAUAUUUGGCAGGUAUUUUUAACUCACUUCCAGCUAUGGAAUUUUUUGGUUAUAAUACACCAGUAUUUUUGGGCCAGCUAGCCGUGUUUUAUUCGUUGGUUUUAUGCCUCCAAAUGCGAAUGUGGUUAACGUGUGUGUAUAUGCCAGUCAGAACUGUAGUCUAGAGUGUGAGGUUAGGGUUUAAACCGUGGAAAGGUCGCACAACUUAAUUCAUGCAGGCGAUGACUGUUACACACAGAACUUAAUCCCUCAUCCAGGGCUCUGCCUAACAUCCACACCUCAGAGACCGCCCCGACCAAAUGAGGGUAUCGGGUGUUGUGGGUUUCCCCAUAACAGAUAAUUCUGCUCCCCCUCUCAUUCUUCAUUCGUCCCCGUCUCCACUUUCAAAGGUUCAUGAGGGAUGGGCGACAUGCAGGUGCUUAAGCUAUCCAGACUUACUCUGGUCACUCCUCCAAUGAACAAAAUCGUGUCCCAAAGCAGGGUUUAGCGGCCGUCUGGGAUGUCUAAGCAGUCCCUUUUUCCAGUUCAGUGUAUGUGAAGAAAAUAGACUCUUAAGCGUUUGAACUCACUACUUGCUGCAUAAAAAUCAGAAAAACAAACCCGAAUAUGUGAAAAAUGCAGCAGAGAGUGAAAAAAACUUAAUUCCACACAAAUGAUUAUGUAGCCACACACUGCAGCAGGCGUCCGUCAAGGCGAUCUUUGGGUGUCUCUACAGACUGAGACAUAACGGGUGCAUCGGUCGAGUUAUUCCACGGCUCCACUACACGGUUUGCGAAGAAAUACUUUCUUACAACAAAUUUGCCCUCGAGCACAUGUGGUGUGAAGCGGUGUUCCGGGAGAUUAGUUGUAGUGUCAAGUUGGAGGAAGCUUUGGACCAGAUCUCCGCGCACGUACCCAUAGUUGAGGCGGUAAAGAGUCGGUUUAGUCUGGCGAGUCGUGCAUGUCACUACUCCUUGACCUCGAACUAAUUUGGUGGCCCCCCGUCGGACCCUUUCGAAUAGACUGUAUUCCUGCUCCGUCUAGGAUCUCCAGGCCCUAAUCGUGCACUCAAGACGCGGCCUUUCCGAACGUUUGGAGUAACCGCCCUCAUCAAAAUUACAAAUCCCUACUUUGUAGCGUACAUCAUAGAAGUCACGACUUUAGCCGCCUUAUAACAGUUUUCUAAUGUCCCUAGGGCGUUUGUCACCGGCAUGUUUUCCUUCUAACGGACUUCCGGUACUGGUCAUGUUAUGGCCGUAAAGUUGCUAGGAGCCUCUUAAAGAUUAAACUAAGAGCGUGCGAAUAUUUUCGAUUUCGAGAUUAACGAAUACUUCUGGUUGUGUGUAAUGAAGCAUGAUGCUUUUGAAAUGCAGUGAGCGAAAAGUGCUCCUAUUUCUUUAGGGUUAUUGGAAGGUUAGUCAAAAGCGACUGAGCCGUUUAUAGGUCUGGAGAGCUCCAGAUGACUUCUGAUCUUUAACAUUUUUAAACUUUUUGUUUUCUAACGUCAUAGUUUACCCGCAAGUCAGCUCUUUAGACAGCUAAACUGCGCCGAGAAGCAUAUCGUGUUUGACCCAGCUUUCUGACGAAUUUAUAAAUGUAAAAAGUUUUCCCAGAUAUGCAGAAAGUAAUUCAAUAAGAUCGCAGCUGGUGGCCAGAUAUUAUAUGUUGAUACUGUCGACGUGCGUACUUGUCACCAUUAGGCGUGUUUACCCUGUCUAGGGAACUUGUUAUCAGUAGGUGUGCUUCUAGUGAGUUAGGCAGGUCGGCCGUUUCGGUCAGGCUGUUGGGUUUAGUGAGGGUUAGGGUUAGACGCAGGCUAAGUUUUGGGAUUAGCGUUUGCAUUUGAGGGUCAGGUUUCAGUGUUAGGGUUAGGUUUUAGGUUCCCGUUAGGGUUACGUUUAAGGUUAGGGUUGGGGUUAGGGCUAGGUUUAGGGUUAAGGUUAGGGUUAGGGUUAUGGCUAGGUUUUGGGCUAGCAUAAGGUUUUAGGAUUUUGGUUACGUUUCGGUUUUUAGACUUAGGGUUAUGCUUUUCGGUUUCUGGUCAGGGUUAAAGUUCAGGGUUGAGCGAAGGCUUUAAUUUUCUGCCAUUAUUCUACCCACUUAAACCUCCCCAUCACUUUCCCUGGUAACUUUGCUUUUACCCAGAAACUCCAGCAUUCCUCUACCAGUCCUUCAAUUUACCACACCCAUAUAACCUCCUUUCCCACUGUUCCCAUACCACAGGGUUCUGGAUGUCCGCCUGCUCAUUCCUGGCUACCCACUGCGACCUAACCAGUAAUUCUUUCGUAAGGUUCGAGCCCUCCUAUCCAAAAUAAUAGUUGCGAAGUGGUAUUCAAGCAAAACACUUCCACGUGGUACGCAGAAUAGUUUCCUUGUGCACUGCCGAGCUUGUCGCACUUAGGAGCAACACUGCUUACCCCUCACGAACAAUGGGGUUAGAAAGGGAGCCCUAGAUAGGACCAAGCCAUCUACUCGUUGACCGUGACCCGCAAAUGUAUAAAUCACGAUCGAAACAAUCAAACAAACAGCCACUCUCGUCCUUCUCCUCUCCCCUCCCCUGCUAAAGUUACUCCACCUACCCUGGCAGCCUAGAAUUUUUGCUCCCUUUUAGACAAUCCAUGGUGCAAUCGUCCGGAAAGGAGGACCGCGCUAGUCACUCAAGAACUGGCGCUCUAUAAGAUGGACAUCGCUGCUCUCAGCGAGGGCCGUUUUUCCGAACAAGGCCAACUGGAGGAGGUGGGUUCCGGACACACUUUCUUCUGGAGUGGUCGCCCCAAGGCAGAGAGGCUGAACGCGGGCGUCAUCGUGAGACGACAGGGCGUCCACGACCGCUUCAUGAGUCUGAGCCUACGUCUCCGGUGUGUCAGAUUCGUCAGCUUCGUCAGCGCCUAGGCUUCCACAGCGUCCACUUCCGAUGAGGAGAGGAAAAAGUUUUAUGAAGACCUGCUCGUCCUCCUGGCGGACAUGCUGAUGGUCCUUGGUGGUUUAAAUGCCCACGUCGUCCAAUGUAAUUGCGAAGGAGUGCCGGGUCCGCGUGGAAUCGCUGGCUGCAACGAAUAUGUCCUCCUCCUUCUAACAGCCUGCGCAAAACAUCCCUUUCCCCUCAUCAACAUCCAGCAACUGGAAGACCUGAAGGCUCCAGAGGAUAACGUCAACGUGGAGGCACGUCGUGUCAACUGCGCUAAGUCAUCCACUCCACCGCCUUCAACGUCCUCGGUCGCCGAAUUCAUCAAUACCGGACCACUCUGGCGAUAA